AUGCGCACCCCUAUGCGUCAUAACAGGCUUGUUAUUUCCGCGCCGGACUCGGUCCCGCGUCUCACGGGCACCGAACCGCUGCUCGAGACCAUCCAAGGAUCAGCAGAGCUACUCGAACAGCUCAAGCCUUCCUUCACCACCCACCACAACAUUCAGGCCAUCGGGUUGUCUGGUCGUCAAUUGCCACUCAUAACGAAGGACGAAGCCAUUCUGCCGUACAUGUUCAACGCUGCCGGGGUGAGGUAUGUCCAGCCUCACCCGAACGGCGAUGCUUCGCAGCGCGUCCUCCUGCUCAAUGUCCCCUCGUCCUCGCCCACCCCCGACGUCGUCCUCUCCGCCAUUCAGAAGCACAACCUCGAGCUGCUCCCCGACUUCAUUCUCGAGCUGGGCUAUGACCACCUGUCGUCCGAUCAGGUCCUCGAAGCCCUCCUACCAACCCACAUUGUCGCCACAGACGGCGUGCCCACCGGCUUCACCAUCGUCGGCCACAUUGCGCACCUCAACCUGCUCGAGGCCUUCCUCCCGUACCGUUUCCUCGUGGGUCACGUUAUCCUCUCCAAACACGUCGGAUCGCUGCGCACGGUGGUCAACAAGCUCGACAGCAUCGAUACCGAGUUCCGCUUCUUCCAGAUGGAGCUCUUGGCGGGCGACGCGGAUUUCACCGCCAGAGUGAGCGAGUCGGACUGCAGCUUUGAGUUCGAUUUCCGCAGCGUGUAUUGGAACUCGCGGCUGCAUGCGGAGCAUAUGCGGCUGAUCAAGUUGUGUCGGCCCAACCAGGUUUUGGCGGAUGUCAUGGCUGGGGUGGGGCCGUUUGCCGUACCGGCGGCGAAGCGCGGGACCUGGGUGCUGGCGAAUGAUCUGAACCCGAGUAGCCAUGAGAGUUUGGUGAAGAAUGCAAGGGGGAACAAGGUGUUGUUAGAGGGAGAGGGUGGGGGGAGGGAGUUGGAUGGGGGGAUGGUGGCGACGUGUAUGGAUGGGAGGCAGUUUGUGCGGUGGAGUAUGGAGGAGACGUGGAAGCGCGCGUUUGCCGGUCGACCAAAAGGGUUUGAUGGCGAGGCGGAGGACCAAGAGGAUGAGAGGCUGCGCGAGACUGCGAGGAAGGCUGUCAAGGAGCGCGCGAAGCUCAACCGACAACUGCAUGCUGCACGACAAGCCAACACCAGCAGCAGCGCCGACGUCGCAUCCAGUCUCUCCGCCCUCUCCCUCAACACCAGUAGCAGCAACGCUCAAGCGGAGCGACACGCCGACCGCAAGCUCGUGGACCACUUCGUCAUGAACCUGCCCGCCACGGCGCUCGAGUUCCUCGACGCCUUCCGGGGCGCCUACACGCACCUGUCCACCCUAGCUGGCCGGUCCGCACUUCUCGCCGAGCUCGCCCUGCGCACCGCCUCGCCCGACCGCACCCUCACCGCACUCCCCACCAUCCACGUGCACUGCUUCAGCAAAGACCCCUUCACGCCCGCCCUCGACAUCCUCACACGCGCCAACGCCGCGCUCGGCCUCUCCCCCUCCUCCCCUCACCGCCUCACGGCCAAACCCAUCCCUCCCCCGCAACAGACCUUCGCUGGUCUCCGCAAAACCGCUUCUGCCCCUUAUCUGACCUCGCACCCCAACUUUGCGCGCUACGCCCACCUCACCGACCCGCUCGACUUCAUGCACCAUGUCCAAUCCGAGUGGCAGCAGAGAGACGCCGGCAAACACACCCAGGGGCUCACCAUUCAUUAUGUCAGGGACGUCGCCCCCAACAAGCAGAUGUACUGCUUGAGCUUUCCGUGCCCCGCAGAGGUGCUUUGGUCUCAGCAAGACUGA